GCAAACGAAAAAGAAAGACAAGGCCUUGGUCUGGUAGUAGAAGUCAGAGGGUAAUGGCGGAGGAAAGAGGCGGUCGGCGUCUGAAGCCCGACAGCCUAGAGAAGUCCCUGCUCGCAGAGGAGGUGCGCAAGAAACGCUCAAAGCGAGACGAGGACAAAUCCAAGGUUACGCGGCUCGAGUCGAGGAUGCUCUACGGGAGCGAACAACGACGCCUGCAGAGGGGUGCAAUCCGCGCCCUUCGUGAAUGCAGCAAAGCAUCUGCCGGCCCCUCAUCUGCUAGUACUGCUGGUGCUUCAAAAGUAGGCAGAGAAUGGGAUAGGAUGCCCUUCUUCGACUUCAAGACGGCCCUCGCAGAUGAACAGACGCAGAAGGAUGAAACCGAUACACGGCAGAGAUUCGUGCUUGCUGCACAAGCGUCGGACGAUGUCCCUUCGACGUCGUCUUUGUCGAGUCAAGAGAGAGACGAGGGAAUCUCAGUCACCGUCUACCAGCCGUAUGUGUCAUCGGAGGAGGACGACGAUGAGGAGACAGAGCAUGACGUUUCCUCUUCUCGAAUCGACGCGACACUGAUUCGUCAAGAACGGAAGGCCAGGAGAAAAGCAGAGGCUCAGCAAAGAGCCGAAGCUGUCAUUGGCAUGCACGCUAACGACGACGAGAUGAAAGAUGAGGACUUAGUCCAUGUAAGGCCAAUCAUAUGGCGCGGUCGUAAGCAGAUCAACGACUACUUCACAGCGUCGAUUGACCGCUUCACCUGGAUGAAGCGUCCGCCAAAACGAUCAGAGGUACUGCUGGAGGGGUUAGAGCGAGAAGAUGGGGAUGGCCUUGAUUCAUGGCCGCAGGACUCCUGGAAAGAGCAAAGUCAUUGAGGAUAAUUUCAUUAUUGUACAGUACAUGAGCUCAAGGGGAAGCGAGAGAGAGAAGUAAAGUGAGCGCAAUCACGCCUUCUUUGGUCUGCGCUUGACCUCGUCGUCCUUUGUAGCAUGCAAGAAAAUCUUGUUGGGUGUGUUGGG